GUGUUUGAUGAAAUACUGGAGAGGACACGAGCGAAAAGAGACAAAAUUGACUGGCAUGACUACAAGUCUAUCGAGGCGGAGAAACAGAGGCAGGGGCCGGGAGAGCAGGGGGCGGCCUACCUCAUGUCGCCGUCAGAACAAGAGGGCAAAGACCUGUUGUACCGCUCCAACGGCUUCAACGCCCUGGUCAGUGACAAGAUCUCCACGCAGCGCUCGCUCAGGGACAUACGGCACCCAGACUGUCAGAAAAAGCAGUACCUCAAGUACUUGCCCACAGCGAGUUUCAUCCUGCCCUUCCACAAUGAGCAUCUGUCCACCCUGAUACGCUCUGUGUACAGCAUCCUCAACCGGGCGCCGCGAGAUCUGGUCAAGGAGAUCAUUCUGGCUGAUGACCACAGCACCAAAACGGAAUGCCACAAGCCGCUGGAUGACUACGUCAAGGAACAUUUCACCAAUGUACGUGUCGUCCGGGCCGAAAAGCGCGAGGGCCUCAUCCGCACGCGACUCAUGGGCGCACGCCAGGCUACAGGGGAAGUGCUCAUCUUCCUCGACUCUCACAUUGAAUGUAACGUCAACUUUUUGCCUCCACUUUUAGGAAUCCAGUGAUGGCGGGCGGUCUGUUUGCCAUCAGCCGAGAGUGGUUCUGGGAGAUGGGAGGCUAUGACCCAGGACUGGACAUUUGGGGAGGGGAACAGUAUGAGCUGUCCUUCAAGGUGUGGCAGUGUGGAGGAACAAUGGUGGAUGCCCCGUGCUCUCGUAUUGGCCACAUCUAUCGCAAGUUUGCUCCCUUCCCUAACCCCGGUGUGGGAGAUUUUGUCGGAAGGAAUUACAAACGUGUGGCGGAAGUCUGGAUGGAUGAGUACGCCGAGUUCCUGUACAAGCACCGGCCUCAUUACCGCAACAUUGACCCCGGUGACCUGUCAGCCCAGAAGAACAUCAGAAAGAAGCUCAAUUGCAAGCCUUUCAAGUGGUUUAUGACAGAGGUGGCGUUUGACUUGGUCAAAUAUUACCCUCCUGUGGAGCCUCCUCCUCUGGCAGAGGGAGAGAUACGAAAUAAUGCCAGUAAUAUGUGCAUUGACACAAGAUUCAAGGGACAAAACCGAAGAUUUGAGCUUCAAAAGUGUGUCAGGGACCAAGGAGGUGGAGGGGAGCAGCAAUUUGAGUUCACGUGGCACAAAGACAUCCGGCCGAAGCGAAGGAACUUGUGUUUCGAUGCGUCUUCGAGCAACCCCAAGUCGCCAGUUAUCCUGUUCACCUGCCAUGGCAUGCAGGGGAACCAAAGGUUCAAAUACAAUGUGGGCAGCCAACAGCUGUACCACCCAAUCAGUGGCUUGUGUUUGGACAGUGACAAGUCCACCCAGGAAAUCUUUAUGAAUCCCUGUGAUGAAGCCAACUCUCAAAGAUGGCAUUUUGAAAAGUUCAAUAGGACUGCGCUGGAAAUAGAUUACAAAGUUCCUUUACAGAGAUAGAAUUUAGUUUUUAAAGUUUACUGUUUUAUGGGAUGUUACAAGAAUAAAUGUGUCAUUUUUAUUGUACUGUAGGUGCCUAAUUUUUCCUGUUAAAGUGGGGAUGUGUUUCGAGUGUUAUUUCAUCAAAUUGUAUGGUUGAUGUCUUAUGAGGGAAAGAACCCUAGUAGCCUGCAAGUUAUGAAUGCUUUUUCAUAGUUCAUGUUCGUUUUACUGAGAAGUGAUAUAAUGAUUGUUCAUUAUUAUACAUAUCAUUUUCAUGUUUUCAAUUCUUUUACUUGUGACUUAUGAUAAGAUAUAUUAAUAGCAUUAUAUAAUAUGAGCUGCAACUGUUAUGAUAAUGCUACAGGAAUAUGUUCAUACCAGAUUUAUAUUUUGUGUUGAUGUGAAGAUAGCAUACAAUGGGUUCAUGGCAGUGUGUUUGCUUCUCUUCCCGGCAUGACAGUGGAUCCAUUUGUCACAAGAUUUAGGAAUUCAAAGCAUGUCAUUCAAUCAGUGUCCAAAGUAAUUUUCUUAUGGAUACCACUUUUCCAGACAUUUCUGAAAUUCAGGAAAUUUGAAUGUUCUCAUCGCUUUGUAUGACAUAAUAUGUUAUUUUCCCUUUUUUUAUGUUUCAUUCUGCUUACAGUGUAAGAAAUUCAGUGAAUCUGAAUACAUCUUGGUGAUAAAUGUUCUUAAUUUCUGUUGUGUUCCGACUUUCAGAUACAUUAAUAUACCCUGUAUACAUCCUGUAUAUUCCUGGAGUUUGAGCCUUUUAAGGUAAAAUGUUGGCUGAUGUGAACAUGUUAGUGGACGCUGUCAUCGUUUAUUAGUUUAUACUGAAACCCUGGAGGAAUUUUUGUUACACAAAUUUUCAAGCUAAGGCAAAGUAUAGUCUGGCAAAGAAAUUGCUGAAGGGUGCAGGGGUGGCUAAGAUAUUUGUUUUUUAAUAUUGCUUUCCCCAGACUUUAGACAAAUCUGAAGCAACAUGCUGAGUCUUAUAAAUCUCUCUUGAAAUUAUAUGUUUACGGGUCUUCUGAAUAAACGUUAUUCCAAUUUCCUGGUACUACCAACAUUCCUACCUUUUCGCACAUCAGAAUGUAAUGACUGAUGUCGGGGAAAGGUGUUUUCCCUCUUAAUUCUGAUGCAGGCUAUUUUAUAAGGCUAUAGAGACUUUUAUGUGUUACAAUGACCUGGUCUGUGUGACUUAUCAAUUUUAAUGUUUUACAGUGGACAGAGAAAACUUCAUAUUCUCUCUCGCAGUGCUUUUAUUAUCCUUCGGAGAAGGGUAAUCUUUGGCAAUUAUUUGAAAUGUGGUGCUAUUUCACAGUUCUUUCUCAAAUCCCCGAAUCACAACGAAAUGUUAUGUCAAAAAAAAAAAA